AUGGGUGACGAAAGCUACAACUUUGUCUUCAAAGGUGAGUCUUUUGUUUGUCAAAUAAUCUGAUUCUUUAAGGAAACAAAUCCCCCAUUCUCUGGUUUGUGCACACAGCCUUUGGGCUUAGCCUAGUGGUGCAAAGGUUAGAGUGUGAGAGAGCUGUUUGAUCUUUGGUGGUGUUUAAUAUUUUUAGGGAAGAGAGAUGGCAGGGAAAGCAGGAAGUAGCUUCCUGGGCAUGGCAAAGAACCCAUGUGUCCUUUGACCUAAAAGGAUUAUAUUGACUACUGUAACUUAUUUGUAGUUGUAAUAGCACUUGUGGAUACUAAGGUUGCACAAGGCAAACAGUGUCAAGAGUAAUUACUGUAUUUUCUCAUUCCAUUGAUUCCAUAGAAGUGUCCGCUACGGGCUAGGCAUGCACCUCUGACACCAAGUCUGGUGUUGUUGGGUAGAGUAGUGGGUACACGUGAUGUGUCAGAAUGAUGCUAGAGCAGGGUGAAGUGGGGUUGAGAGAAGUAACAGUUCCUUAUUCUAUUUUAUAUAGCAGAGAAUCAUGCUACCUCUACAUGGUACAGCUGACAGGUUGGUGGCACUUAAUUGGGAAGGUAAUGGCUGGAGCAGAAUAGAUGGAAUGGUAUCAGCCAACCCAUGGUUUCCAGGUGUUUGAUGCCAUUCCAUUUGCUCCGUUCCAGCCAUUAUUGUGAGCCGUCCUCCCCUCAGCAGCCUCUUGUGCUGCGGUUAUAUCUGAAACAUCUAACAUUGCACCUAAGUCAUGGUGCUUCUCACCAUUGAGAAAUGCAGUAUUGAUAUAUUACACUUGAUAAAAUCUCUGUCAUCCUUUAGUGGUUCUGAUUGGUGAGUCUGGUGUUGGGAAGAGCAACCUGCUGUCACGCUUCACCAAGAAUCAGUUUAACCAUGACAGCCGCACCACCAUCGGAGUGGAAUUCAGCACCCGCACUGUUCAGCUGGAUACCUUCACCAUCAAGGCUCAGAUCUGGGACACGGCAGGGCUGGAGAGAUACAGAGCCAUCACUUCAGCGUGGGUACACACACCGGAACGCAUGCACACACACUCCUUGUACACAAUACACACACAGGAAUACAGAGAUCUACAGAGCCAAUCACCUCAGUGUGAAUAUGUACACACAGAUAUUUGCAAACACAAACACAUGUAUGCAAACACACCCAUAUUUAUCUGACUCCACUCAUCUGAUGCUCUCUCUCUCUCUCUCUCUCUCUCUCUCUCUCUGUUUCCAGGUACUACAGAGGGGCAGUGGGGGCUCUGCUGGUGUAUGACAUCACCAAGCACCUGACCUAUGAGAGUGUGGAGCGUUGGCUGAAGGAGCUGUACGAUCACGCUGACCCUCACAUCCUGGUCAUGCUGGUGGGCAACAAGAGUGACCUGGAGACCCUGAGGACCGUGCCCACCGAGGAGGCCAAGGACUUCGCAGGUGAUCAUUUACUUAAUUACCAGUUACUUACUAGUUAAUUGAAGUUAAUCUUGGUUAACCCAGAACAAAAAUCUUGGGUAAUUUGGCUAAGCGCAGAAUCUGUCCACGAGAGAUUAGUUACUAGUUACCUACUAGUUACUGACCAAUUAUCUGUUACUUACCAGUUAGCAGAUAGUUAGUUACCAGUUACCAGUUAGUUAGCAGUUAACUUACUAGUUACUUACCAGUUACCAGGUAUUUAUCAGUUACCAGUUACUUAGUUACCAGUUAGACAAGUAUGCAAUAUGCAGUCAAUGACAGAAAGUGACAAAAUAUUGCAAUAUUUUUCAUAUUGUUUUUCCAUAUUAUAGCAUGUCAAUUUCUGACGGUAAUGUGAAACAAAUGACCAGCUUUGCACCAAUGAAAAGUAAUUCUACGGUUGGUUUUUCACGGCUUGAUUGAGUAUGAUGUACUGAGAAUAAACUCAACAAGGUAUUCCUUCUCAUGCAGAAAAGAAGGGGCUCUUGUUUAUGGAGACGUCAGCUCUGGAUUCUACCAACGUUGAAGCUGCUUUCCAGGAAGUUCUCACAGGUUCUUAUUAUGUUGCGCUUGUACUUCAUACAUUUAUUUACAAAACGUUAGACAACACCAUGUCAUGUGGAUCUCUACUAUUGUGCUGUGUGCACAUUUCUGCUAUGCACCUUUUCUGUGAUCUGUGUAUGCAUGACAAUGACCACUGUUUGACGUGAUCAUUUCUGUUACCCCCAGCGAUCCACAAGAAGGUGGCCAGUCGAGAGGUGACCCACGGGUCCAUCAGUGCCGUGACCCUGUCCAAUACUACUGGAACGGCUAGCGAAGUCCAGGAGGAACGCAGGACCUGCUGCAAGAACCUCUGA